AUGGGAAAUACACAGAGUAAUAACAAUAGCAACGAGAAAUCGUCAGCAGUGCCGAUACGGGUAUCUGAGAUAUCGGCCAGCAAUGGAGAGACCUUCAGCACUCCUCCGUCUUCACCACCAAAUUCACGAACAGACCAUCAUCACCAUCCAGACGGAGACUCGACUAGUUUCCUACAACGGCCGCCGUCCGCAUCGACGCUACUAAGGCCACGAGAAACCAUACCAGUCACUAUAACUUAUCUAUCUCGAGAUGCACAACAUAUACAUCCUCCAAAACCCAUCGUCAUCAACCAACAGCCAAUACCCAUAGUGAGAGAACCCUAUACACCACCGCCUACUGAGCGAAGCUACAAGAACUCGGCUCGUAUUGUACAUGCUUUUGGCGUAGGAGGCCUCGCUCCUCUUGCCCCAUUGGCUAAAGGAGAGGAUUCCAAGAAGAGAACAAUACCUAUAAUGAUUGGAUGGACUGGUGGAGGACGUACGGUGUAUAUUACAGGGACUUUCAACAACUGGAAGCAAAAGAUACGAAUGUUCAAAAGUAAUGCUGAUUUCUCAACAGUAAUUGAUAUGCCCCCAGGCACCCAUCGCCUAAAGUUUGUCGUGGACGACGAAUGGAAGUGCUCUGAGGACUUACCCGUAGCUUCAGAUGCAGAUGGUAAUUUAGUCAAUUUCCUAGAAGUAGAAGAUGAAGACGGAAGGCAUCAAAACGAUGGUCUAGACUCCUUGGCCGGCGACGAAGCACCACCACCACUAUCCCCGCUAUCUGAAUCGCCAGAAUCUACAUAUGCCUCUGAAAUACCGUCAUAUCUAACACGGCCGUCAACACCACCAGCGUCAGGACCAAGUAGUAGUAAAACACCAGCUGCCAGCAAUAAUAGUAGUAGUAGUGGUAACACCAACAGUAAUAUUAGUAGUAGUAGUAGUAAUAGCGGUAACGCUGCAGCAGCUGUAACUGAGAAUGGUCCAUCACCCGAUGCUCUACCAACUGAACCACCACCGGGUCUACCACCUCAUCUAGAACGUGUUUUGCUGAAUUCUGGGAAUAUGGAGCAUGAGGAUGCUUCGAUACUACCGUUGCCAGAUCAUGUCACGUUGAAUCAUUUGUAUGCAUUGAGUAUUCGGGAUGGUGUAAUGGCUGUUGCUACAACGGCACGAUAUAGAAGAAAGUAUGUGACGAUCCUCCUAUAUAAGCCCACGAUGGUGUAA